GAUCGCGGUGUGCUGUGCUAUGUCAGUACUGCUUCGGCCGUCGUGUUAUGCGGAUGCUGUUAUACCAUGCGGUUAACCUGUAGAGUGUAAUAAACGCGCGCAUGCGUUUAUAUUUUGUUAAUUUUUAAAUUUAUUUUACUGUCCAAUAACAUAAUACUUUUAAAUAUAUUAUUAGUGUUUUAAACCGGACUUUUAAAUAGUUACAUGUCUGUAAUAACAACUAUAAAUAUUAUUAUCGUCAUUUCUUCUUUCAGUUUUUUUUAAAUCUCAGUUAAGUGAAUAAACUUAGUGCAGGAUUUGAAUUUCGCUAACGGUAUUAGUAUCACGUGUUGUUUUUUUUUUUUAUUUUAUGUAACAAAUAUUUAAUAAUUCAAAGUAUAUAUGGAAAAAAAAAAUUUAUGAGUAAAAUUUAGUGUGGGCGUGAUAACGUGAGAAUAAAACACUUGUGCUGAGUUAAUGUUUGGUACGUACAUUAUUAAUUGUAUUAACCACGUGGAUAUUGGUUAGUCGCGGAUAGCGGAUACGCGGUGCACUGUGAAAAGCUUUUAUUUUAUUUGAAAGGAGAAGAUGAAAAUACAUCGAGCAGACUCUAGGUAGCGGCAAUGGACGUGAGCAGCGUUGGAGACCGGCAAGUCGAUGGAUCGACAUGCACUGCAGUGGUCUCGUGUCUGCAACAGGCACGAGAUCGUCAAAAGAAGAAAAAUUUAAACAGCAACAACAGCAUCAGUCGUGCAGUCGAUCGAUCGAUAAUCGCUGAAAGAGAGAAUCAUCAUCUUGGGCAGAUCAUCAGCACGGGCCUCGCAGCAACUGCACGGAAUAAGAUUGAUCCUUACCAAGAAUUGGAACUUUAUCUCGCUCGAGUAAUUGAGGAAAUUGAUGAAAUAAUAGUCACGUCGCUGCCGUCACAAUCUAUUCCCGUUAAAAAAUUAGAACCAACGAUUAUCAAUAAAAACAACAAUAAUGAUGGUAAUAAUUCAUCAGAUGGAAUAACUAUUGAAGAUAAUUUAAACGGUGAAUCUCUGGACAGAAAUCAAGCAAAACAAUCGGAGACUCAACUGGCAUCUCGAGUUUCCAAUAAAUUAAAUUCGCCGACGAGCAAAACAUUAUCUGUCGACGUACCGCCAUUGAUCGCUCAUACCCGAGCAUUGAAUAACAUUAACAUUGAUAAAACAACAACAACAACAACUCCAGUUAUUGAAUAUCGCGAUUUGUUGAGUGAAUUUGGGUUAUUAGAUAGCGAUGGUACUGAAAGUUGUCCCGACAGUAAUAAUUCAUCGGAAUAUUACGACAAACAAUUAUUAUCAAUUAGCGAAGAUAGUAUUAGUGACAGUAAUGUUAAACAAAGUAGCCAUAUAAUUUCAAUAAAUAACAAUAACAAUGAGUCCAAAGAUAAUUUAACGGGGAAGGGGGAGGGAAGUGCAGAGGUGGAGGCCAAAAAAAUAAGCGGUAGUUGGCCGGGUAUUGACUAUGCUAAUAAAAUAAUAAUAAGUAACACUGGUUCCCAUAAAACUGAUGAUAAAUUAUUGUUAUCAUCGUCGGGUAACAGUUCUAGUCUACCAGCGAGUCUUGAUUGUAGAAAAGAUUUUAAAAAUUCAGAGAUUGUUCAGCCAAAUAAAUUAUCAAAUUACGGUUUUGAUAAAACUAUUAAUAGUAAGUGUACAGUUAAUGAUGUUAAAUGUUGUUGUAAACCUCCGCGACAGGUUAAUGACACCAAUUGUAAAAAUAAUAACAAUAACUCAAGUCCAAUGAGUCGUAGAUGUAGAUCGUCGACGAAUUCAUUAACAAAAUCAAAAUUGUCGGCAUCAAGAACCGAAGAAGAGACAACGGAUGCCGACUACGAUGAUGUGUUUAUCGAUGACAAAGUUAAUUUACGACUGCAGUUUAUUGAUACAACAGCUCGUUCAGCCCCAGUGACGCCGACCGAUGAAAAAAGUCUCCCGUUUUCGAAAUUAUUCCGUAAAAAAUAUCCGCUUAGCUCUAGUUGCAGCAACAACUGCAAUCUCAAUGCUAGAAUGACCGACGCAAUUUUGGUCAGAGUAUCCUCGCUACCGGAUCAAGAUCUACUGGACAUUACCAAUGAUAAAAAUAACCAUCAUCAUCAUCAUCAUCAUCAUCAUCAUCAUCAUCAUCAGGAGUUUAAUAGACACCCAAUGAAGAAAAAGAGACGUGCUAUUUCACCGUUGACACUUAGAUCGGAUAUCACCGCCAAGAGAUUAUCCGAGUCAGAUAAAGAUGUCAGUCAAAUAAGUCCGGUUCAAUUAAAAACCUUUUUUCCGCUAAAUAAUAACGGACAUAAUGACGUUGCUGUCGGUUGUGAUUUACCAAGCGGGAGGAAAAACUCAUCGGAUACUAGCAUUGAGAGUGGAAAAUCGGAUAAAUUUGUUAAAAAUGAAUUCAGGAAAGCUCCCAAUGAUGACAACUCGCGAUCUGUAUCCCUGCCAAUAUCACUAACGGCAUUAUUUUCAAGGCUGCGCAAUGGCGGGUCUUGCUGCCCUAAUAGUCAGCCUAUGGAGACGUUUAACUGCUCGAAUAUGGCCACCCAAACAUCCCCAGCGAUUUCACGCAGCUCGAGUUUUACGUGGGUCAGCGAUUGUGAUUCGCCUCGAGCGGAAUCCCACGUUGACGAUCAUUCUUUGCAAGAUGAAAGUGCCCUGGAUCUAGCGGCCUCACCUCAAGACACCGUCGACGAUGAUAACAGGUCAUCCUCGUCUUCUCAAGAUCUCGUGCAAAGUCUUGAUGAAAUUUCUUCCGGCAGCACUUCGCCUGAUAAUACGGAUCGCGCUUCGCCACUCGAAAGCGGAAUUGGCACUGCCAGCCCUCCAAGGAGUACAGAUCGACGUUCAAUCAAACCGUUGAUUAACAACAAAUGUUGUCGCAAAGAAACUUGGGAAAGAAUACGAAGGCGUCCGUCAAAAUUAAAUUCACGCUCUGAUAAAAAUUCUACUGACGUUUGGGUUCGCAGAGAGAGUGUUUACACCCAGACCAGAAAUCAAGAUAAAGGCUCCCAAGAAGCUGUUGAUAGCAGCAGUGGUGUCGAUGAUACAUUGCCGAGGACCAAACUUUCAAGGCCGAAAGAUUUAAUCAUCGACAUCAGUAGUUCAUUGAGUUCUGGAGAAAUGCUUGAAACAUUGGAAAUUUCGUCUCCGAAUUCGCAAAUCCAACCCACUGAAGAGCCAGCUGAGAACGCUGAUAACCAGGAGACUCAGAUUCCGCCGCUUCACUUCCAGCCCGACUACCAGCUAUCUGAAAUCGAAGCCCAGGAAGCGUGCAAAUGGUUACGAGCCGCCGGUUUUCCGCAAUAUGCACAGAUGUAUGAAGAUUACCAAUUUCCAAUUGACGUGUCUGGUGUGGCCAAGGAUCAUCCGUUUCUUGAAGCAGACUCACUUCAGAGUUUGUAUCGGAGGCUUGACGCACUCAACCGAUGUGCAAACAUGAAGCUUGAUACCCAUCACACCCACCAUCACCAUCAUAGUAAUCAUCAUCAUAAUACAAGCCACAGCAAAACCAGUGGCGGCGGAGGCGGAGGAAGAGACGGUGGAGGAGAUGACUCAGACGAGGAUACCCAGUGCGCUUUGAGCGAGAAUUGGACCUUCGAAAAGAAAACGCGAAGAUGGUCACGAAUCUGCGAUAUAAGUCAAGCAAAUGUCGAGCGAUUGCAAGCGAUAGCCGCGGGGCAGCUUCCCUGUCCGGAUGAUUCACUGGAAGACCGUCUGGAGACCGACGACCCCGAGGAAACAAUGAUAGUCCACGGAAGUGUCAGAUUCGAGACCAUCUCCAGCACCCCUAAUUCCGACGACAUGAGUCCCAAGUUCCGUAGAACCGGAUCCGAGCGUCUCCGCGACGGAGCCAAGGCAUUUUUGCGCCGCGUCGAGUCUCUUAAAUCGCGACGUCGCAAGCGGCAAAACCGCGAGGGAGUUGUGAUCAGCGGUCCCCAAGUUCUGGACGUGAUUUCGAUGCAGCAGAAAAUGAAAGACCUCAAUUGCGUGGACGUUUCUCCCACAGGACUCGCUCCCCUGUCUUUUGGCGAAGGAUUUUUGCUGCCGUCUCCAAACCCACCGUCUUCACCAGUAACUUUACCGAACUCGCCGUACCACUUGCCGAGCAACUUGAUGACCAACACGAGCAGUCCUUUCGGGGACGACUCGUCCAGUUACUGCUCAGACGGUUCUCAAAGCGGGGGCCCGACAAACACCCACACCAUCACGAGCUCCUCGACAACUGGAUCAACCAGAACAAAGUUCAACAAAGCCAAGAGAUUCCUCUAUCGCGGCGGCGGAAUGAAGGAAGAUCAAGGCGCUUUGAGCGAUUCCGAGUGCCAGCCCUCGAACUGGCGACACAAGUACCUGAAGGAUGCCAACAGCAAUCACACUAAAGUACUCGAGUACUUGACCAGUCAGUCGCCAGCUCCUGUUGGAGCAACGACUCACUCUCCGUCGAUUAGCACCCGAGGCGGCAGUCUCAAUCUCGGCAAAGAUUCUCAGCGGUAUCGUGAAAAAAUUACUGGCCAGUCGAAGCUCCACGACAAGGAGCUCAAGGCCGUUGCUCUGAAACGCGAGGAUAAAUUCCACAGGAGCUUCCGCCAUGCCCACGAUGACCUGGUGAUCGAUCGGAAGCAGCAGGCGAUGUUGAUAAAACACCACCAGCAACAUCAGCAGCAACAAGUUACCGUUUAUCGGGAAAAAUCUCGGUCAAGGAGUUCCGAACUCGCGGCCAGCCAGGAGAGCAGCUCGACGAUGGCCAGUCGGGAUUCUGACCCAGAGGAUGAGUCACCCAGGCACAAGGGGACUGUUGUUAGGUGGCACAGUUUCCAGCGCGGGUCCCUCUAUCCUGAACCGCUGGAUCCACUUUGUCCGCGCGCUAUGGCCUCCAUGUCUUGCGGGCAGCUUCUUGUUCUGAGAAAACUUGCUCUACUUAAGCUGACCGCCUGCAUGGAGCGCUACUGUCCCACUCAUCGGACUGGCUGGAAUUGGGAACUGCCGAAGUUUAUCAGGAAAAUAAAAACUCCUGAUUAUAAAGACAAAACUGUGUUUGGUGUUCCGCUUUUACUGUCCCUACAGAGGACUGGCCAGGCGCUGCCCAAGUGCAUUCAAAUUGCGCUGAGGUGGCUCAGGGCAAACGCGCUUGAUCAGGUUGGAAUUUUCCGCAAGAGCGGAGUUCGUUCGAGGAUUCAGAAGCUCAAAGCUAUGACGGAGAUACAGGGGGAUAAUAUUAAUUUUGAUGGCCAACAGGCGUUCGAUGUCGCGGAUCUUGUUAAACAGUACUUCCGUGAACUGCCUGAAGCUUUGUUGACUAAUAAAUUGUCCGAGACGUUCAUUGCUAUUUUUCAACAUGUACCGGUUGAUCUGAGACCGGACGCGGUGCAAUCGGUUCUGCUGCUACUGCCGGAUGAACAUAGAGAGGCCCUGGAAACUCUUCUGGAUUUUUUGAAUCAUGUGGCUAGUAAUUCACCGUAUAAUCAAAUGACUGCGUCUAAUUUGGCGGUUUGUCUUGCUCCAAGCUUGUUUCAUCUUAAUCAUAAUAACUCCAAUAGUAAUAAUCGGUCGUCCAGUGUAUCACCGAGAAGGAGGAAGACUGUUGGGAUUCCAGAUCAACGGGAAUUGUCGGAAAAUAAAGCGGCACAUGAUUGUCUUCUUUAUUUGGUUAAAAUGCAUCGUGAAUUGUUCAUGGUUUCAUCGGAUAUGUUGACACAGUGUCACUUUAAUUACAUGGAAGAGAGCGUUCCCGUUGGCUUAGAAGAAUUGGGCUCUGAAAUGAAACAAGACUGGCGUGGUUACAUGUAUGCCUGUACAACUGCUUUGCUGAAAGAAGCACGUGAAAAAAGCCGUGGUUGGGUAACAGUAAGCAAUCCAGCAGACAGCAGCGUCGAAAUGGCGUACAAAAAAGUAGGAGACGGCCACCCUUUGCGCUUAUGGCGAGUAUCAACGGAAGUAGAAGCACCUCCUCAUGAAUUACUCCACCGAGUAUUACGCGAACGUCACAUCUGGGAUCCUCAAUUACUGAAGUACCGUAUGGUGAAAAAACUGGACGCUAAUGCGGAGAUAUUCCAGUACGCAGCGGGUAACAUGAGUCCAUUACCGGCGCGAGAUUACUGUGUCCUGAGAACCUGGAGAACGGAUUUACCAAAGGACGCCUGUGUAAUUGUUGAAACAUCGGUCCAGCACCCAGACGCCCCGGUGAUGCUGGGAGGGACUCGCGGAAUAGUCCUGGCGUCACGUUAUCUCAUUGAGAAGAGCGGAAGUGGAAAAUCACGUAUCAUGCAUUUGUCACGAGUCGACACUAAGGGUCGGACGCCCGAGUGGUAUAAUAAAAGCUACGGUCACAUUGCCGCUCUUUAUUUAAGUAAAAUACGUAAUUCAUUCAAGCACUCAUCCGAUGGCCCCGAAAGUAAAGUCUGAGAUAGGGCCUCCGUACAAUGCUCGUCAUUGUACGGAUCUCAAGAAUCAAGCAUCUCUGAUCAUUCUUCUUCUUCAAGAGAUGAUAUGGAUUAUCUAACAGUUCCUCUUACGAUUGAUGAGGAAUAAACAAAAAAUAAAAUUGGUUAAGAAUUAUCAUUGUAUCUUUAUGAAUUAUAAAUUAUAAAUAACCAACAACAUGGAAAGAAAAAGAUGACACUGGAUAUCAUCCUAGAUUAUACU